AUGUUUAGGAUCGGUAGGAGACAGCUCUGGAAGCAGAGUGUCACCCGAGUUUUAACGCAAAGACUGAAGGAAGAGAAGGAAGCCAAGCGGGCUCUUUUGGAUGCCAGGCAUGACUACUUGUUUGCGAUCGUGGCUUCCUGUUUGGACCUGAACAAAGCUGAAGUGGAGGAUGCCAUUCUUGAGGGGAAUCAGAUUGAAAGAAUCGGUCAACUUUUUGCAGUUGGAGGUCUCCGUCACCUCAUGUUUUACUACCAGGAUGUGGAGGUAGCAGAAACAGGACAACUUGGCUCUCCAGGAGGGGUAAAUCUUGUCUCUGGAAAGGUUAAAAAACCUAAGGUGUUCGUGACCGAGGGAAAAGAUGUGGCUCUCACGGGCGUGUGUGUGUUCUUCAUCAGGACGGACCCUUCCAAAGCCAUCACCCCUGAGAACAUCCACCAGGAAGUGAGCUUUAACAUGUUAGAUACUGCAGAUGGAGGCCUGUUAAAUAGUGUGAGGCGUUUGCUGUCGGACAUCUUCAUUCCUGCGCUCAGGGCCACGAGCCACGGCUGGGGUGAGCUUGAGGGCCUUCAGGAAGCAUCCAGCAUUCGCCAGGAGUUCUUGAGCUCCUUAGAAGGCUUCGUGAGCGUCCUGUCGGGCGCACAGGAGAGUUUGAAGGAGAAGGUGAACCUUCAAAAGUGUGACAUAUUUGAUCUGAAAACCCUAAAGGAACCUAUGGACUACUUGACUCUAGCUAAUAACCCUGAGACACUGGAAAAAAUAGAGGGUUGUAUGAAAGUAUGGAUCAGACAAACAGAACAGGCUUGGCGGGAGACAGAUAUUCGAAUCACUGACGCAGCUAACGAAGCCAAGGAUAAUGUUAAAUAUCUGUACACGCUUGAAAAAUGUUGUGACCCUUUGUACAGCAGUGAUCCUGUGACAAAUCAGAUGAUAUCUGCAUGUAAAGCCUAUAUUACCAACAAUGGAACCGCUUCCAUCUGGAACCAGCCGCAGGAUGUUGUUGUGGAAAAAAUAUUAUCUGCAAUUAAACUGAAGCAGAAUGAGUUGCAGAAGUUCAUGGAUGUUACAUUUGAAAAGAUUCAAAACACAAAUCAAGCUCUAAGUAUGUUAAAGAAAUUUGAAAGGUUGAAUAUACCUAAUCUUGGUAUUGAUAACAAAUACCGACUUAUCCUCGAGAACUAUGGGGCUGACAUUGAUAUGAUUUCGAAGCUGUAUUCAAAGCAGAAAUAUGACCCUCCUUUGGCCCGAGACCAGCCUCCCAUCGCGGGGAAGAUCCUGUGGGCCCGCCAGCUCUUCCACAGGAUUCAGCAGCCCAUGCAGCUUUUCCAGCGGCACAUGGUGCUGGCUGAAUAUCAGAGAGUGAAGUCAAAAAUGCCUCCCAGCAUUGAGCAGCUGAUGGUCCCUCAUUUGGCCAAAGUGGACGAAGCCCUCCAACCUGGCUUGGCUGCACUGACCUGGACAUCACUGAAUAUUGAGAUGUAUUUAGAAAACACUUUUGCAAAGAUCAAGGACCUGGAGUUGCUGCUUGACAGGGUCAAUGACUUGAUUGAGUUCCGCAUCGAUGCCGUGCUAGAAGAAAUGAGCAGCACGCCUCUUUGUCAGCUUCCCCGGGAGGAGCCACUCACCUGUGAAGAGUUUCUCCAAAUGACAAAGGACCUUUGUGUAAAUGGUGCUCAGAUAUUACAUUUUAAAAGCUCAUUAGUGGAGGAAGCAGUCAAUGAGCUGAUAAAUAUGUUGCUGGAUGUGGAAGUUCCAUCUCAAGAAGAUACCAUUGAGAUAGCAUCAGUAAACUUACCAAUUCCUGUGCAAACCAAGAACUAUUAUAAGAAUGUUUCUGAAAACAAGGAGAUUGUAAAAUUAGUCUCUGUGCUUAGCACAAUUAUCAACUCCACCAAAAAGGAAGUUAUGACAUCCAUGGAUCGCUUCAAACGCUACAAUCACGUUUGGCAAAAGGAGAAAGAAGAAACCAUUAUGACGUUUAUUAUGCAAAACCCCUUGCUUUCUGAAUUUGAAUCCCAGAUCCUCUAUUUCCAAAACAUAGAGCAGGAAAUUAAUGCUGAGCCUGAAUAUAUCUGCGUGGGCUCCAUUGCGCUGUACACGGCUGACUUGAAGUUCGCCCUGACCACGGAGACAAGGGCCUGGAUGGUCGUUAUUGGACGCCACUGUAACAAAAAAUACAGGAGCGAGAUGGAAAACAUUUUUACACUCAUUGAAGAAUUCAAUAAAAAACUGAAUCGUCAAAUUAAAGACCUAGAUGAUAUUCGGAUUGCUAUGACAGCACUGAAAGACAUCAGGGAACAGCAAAUCUCAGUUGACUUUCAAGUAGGACCUAUUGAGGAAUCUUAUGCUCUGCUUAACAAAUAUGGACUUCUGAUAGCAAAGGAAGAGAUGGACAAAGUCGAUACACUGCACUAUGCGUGGGAGAAGCUGCUGACACGUGCCGGGGAAGUUCAGAAUGAAUUAGUUGCACUGCAGCCCAGUUUCAGGAAAGAGCUUAUUAGUGCCGUGGAGGUCUUCCUUCAAGACUGUCACCAGUUUUAUUUGGACUAUGAUUUGAAUGGUCCAAUGGCUAGUGGCUUGAAACCCCAGGAAGCCAGCGAUAGACUUAUCAUGUUUCAGAAUCAAUUUGAUAAUAUCUAUCGGAAAUACAUCACCUAUACUGGAGGAGAGGAGCUUUUUGGCCUGCCAGUUACGCAGUAUCCUCAGCUUCUCGAAAUAAAAAAGCAACUAAAUCUUCUACAGAAAAUAUACACUCUGUACAACAGUGUCAUAGAAACUGUAAAUAGUUAUUAUGAUAUCCUUUGGUCAGAAGUGAAUGUCGAAAAAAUAAACAGUGAACUCUUAGAAUUCCAGAACAGGUGUCGGAAGUUGCCCCGGGCCUUGAAGGACUGGCAGGCUUUUCUGGACCUGAAGAAGACCAUUGAUGAUUUUAGCGAGUGUUGCCCACUGUUGGAAUACAUGUCCAGUAAAGCCAUGCUGGAGAGGCACUGGGAAAAGAUCACUGCUCUCACUGGGCACAGUCUGGAUGUGGGGAAUGAAGCCUUUAAGUUAAGAAAUAUCAUGGAGGCACCUCUUUUGAGAUACAAAGAGGAAAUAGAGGACAUCUGUAUCAGUGCAGUGAAAGAGAGAGACAUUGAGCAAAAGCUGAAGCAAGUGAUCAAUGAAUGGAACAACAAAACAUUCACAUUUGGCAGCUUUAAAACUCGUGGAGAACUUCUCUUGCGAGGAGACAGUACUUCAGAAAUCAUCGCCAAUAUGGAAGACAGCCUGAUGUUGCUGGGUUCUCUACUGAGCAACAGGUACAAUACGCCAUUCAAAGCCCAGAUUCAAAAGUGGGUGCAGUACCUUUCCAACUCAACUGACAUCAUCGAGAGCUGGAUGACGGUGCAAAACUUGUGGAUUUAUUUAGAAGCUGUCUUUGUGGGAGGAGACAUUGCCAAGCAGUUGCCUAAGGAGGCCAAGCGCUUUUCCAAUAUAGAUAAAUCUUGGGUGAAGAUCAUGACUCGGGCACACGAAAUGCCCAGUGUAGUUCAGUGCUGCGUUGGAGAUGAGACCCUGGGGCAGCUGUUACCACACUUGCUGGACCAGUUGGAAAUAUGCCAGAAGUCCCUCACUGGAUAUUUGGAGAAGAAACGACUUUGCUUCCCUCGGUUCUUCUUUGUCUCGGAUCCCGCCCUUCUGGAGAUUCUGGGGCAAGCGUCGGACUCCCACACGAUACAAGCCCACUUGCUGAAUGUGUUUGACAACAUUAAAACUGUCAAGUUCCAUGAAAAGAUCUACGAUCGAAUUCUGUCAGUUUCCUCUCGAGAGGGUGAGACGAUUGAAUUGCAUAAACCUGUGAUGGCAGAGGGCAACGUGGAAGUUUGGCUUAAUUCUCUCUUAGAGGAAUCCCAGUCCUCAUUACAUCAUGUGAUUCGCCAAGCAGCUGCAAAUAUUCAAGAAACAGGUUUCCAGUUAAUUGAAUUUCUUUCAUUCUUCCCUGCUCAGGUUGGAUUAUUAGGAAUUCAAAUGAUAUGGACACGGGAUUCAGAAGAAGCCCUUAGAAAUGCCAAGUUUGAUAAAAAAAUCAUGCAGAAAACCAAUCAGUCUUUCCUGGAGCUACUAAACACACUGAUAGAUGUCACCACGAAGGAUCUGAGUUCCACAGAACGGGUGAAAUACGAGACUUUGAUUACUAUUCAUGUGCACCAACGGGAUAUCUUUGAUGAGCUGUGUCACACGCAUAUCAAGAGUCCUACGGACUUCGAGUGGCUGAAACAGUGCAGAUUUUAUUUUAAUGAAGAUUCUGACAAGAUGAUGAUUCAUAUCACAGAUGUGGCUUUCAUAUACCAGAAUGAAUUUUUAGGCUGCACUGACAGGCUUGUCAUAACGCCACUCACAGACAGGUGUUAUAUCACGCUGGCUCAAGCUCUAGGAAUGAGCAUGGGAGGAGCCCCUGCUGGACCUGCAGGAACAGGCAAAACAGAAACUACCAAAGAUAUGGGACGAUGUCUUGGAAAAUAUGUCGUAGUUUUCAAUUGUUCGGACCAGAUGGAUUUCCGAGGACUUGGACGGAUUUUUAAAGGACUGGCACAGUCUGGAUCCUGGGGCUGUUUUGAUGAAUUUAACCGUAUUGAUCUACCAGUUCUGUCAGUUGCAGCCCAGCAAAUUUCCAUUAUUCUGACGUGUAAAAAGGAGCAUAAAAAAUCUUUUAUUUUUACUGAUGGAGAUACUGUGACCAUGAACCCUGAAUUUGGGCUUUUUCUAACCAUGAAUCCUGGCUAUGCCGGGCGGCAGGAACUGCCUGAAAACUUGAAGAUUAACUUCCGCACGGUGGCCAUGAUGGUCCCUGACCGUCAGAUAAUUAUAAGGGUGAAGUUGGCGAGUUGUGGCUUCAUUGACAAUGUUGUUCUGGCCAGGAAGUUUUUCACACUCUACAAAUUGUGUGAGGAGCAGCUUUCUAAGCAGGUACAUUAUGACUUUGGUCUGCGUAACAUUCUGUCAGUACUCCGGACCUUGGGAGCAGCAAAAAGAGCCAACCCCACAGAUACGGAAUCCACGAUUGUCAUGCGUGUACUACGAGACAUGAAUCUUUCUAAACUGAUUGAUGAGGAUGAACCCUUAUUUUUGAGUUUGAUUGAAGAUCUUUUCCCAAAUAUUCUUCUGGACAAGGCUGGUUACCCUGAGCUGGAAACAGCAAUUAGCAGACAGGUUGAAGAAGCUGGUUUAAUCGAUCACCCUCCUUGGAAACUGAAAGUUAUCCAGCUGUUUGAAACGCAGAAGGUGAGGCAUGGAAUGAUGGCCCUAGGGCCCAGUGGGGCAGGGAAGACCACCUGCAUCCACACCUUGAUGAAAGCCAUGACAGAUUGUGGAAAACCACACCGGGAAAUGAGGAUGAAUCCCAAAGCAGUUACUGCCCCACAGAUGUUUGGUCGGCUCGACGUGGCUACAAAUGACUGGACUGAUGGGAUAUUUUCUACCCUCUGGAGGAAAACAUUGAGAGCAAAGAAAGGAUUGCGAAGUGCAGAGAGUGACAUAAUUGUAACUCAGCAUGGAAUUGCUGAGCAAGGCGGGGAGGUCAGCGCCGAGCACCUGGGCAGACUGUACACGUUCGCCCUGAUGUGGAGCGUGGGGGCGGCGCUGGAGCUGGACGGCCGGGGCCGGCUGGAGCACUGGCUGCGCGCGCGGGCCUGGGGGGCGCUGGAGCUGCCCCCGCGGGAGGGCCCGGGGGACACCAUGUUUGACUACUACGUGUCACCUGACGGUAAAUGGAUGCACUGGAACACGUGUACCCAGGAAUAUGUGUAUCCAUCCGAUACCACCCCAGAAUAUGGCUCCAUUCUGGUGCCAAAUGUUGACAAUGUGAGGACUGACUUUCUAAUUAAAACCAUUACUAAACAGGGCAAGGCUGUGCUGUUAAUUGGUGAACAAGGAACAGCCAAAACGGUCAUAAUCAAAGGAUUUAUGUCAAAAUACGAUCCUGAAAGUCACAUGAUCAAGAGUCUGAACUUUUCUUCUGCCACCACCCCACUGAUGUUUCAGAGGACAAUAGAGAGCUAUGUGGAUAAACGCAUGGGUACAACAUAUGGCCCUCCUGCAGGAAAGAAGAUGACUGUUUUUAUUGAUGAUGUGAAUAUGCCAAUAAUCAAUGAGUGGGGAGAUCAGGUUACUAAUGAGGUAGUAAGACAGCUGAUGGAACAAAAUGGAUUCUACAACCUGGAGAAGCCCGGAGAGUUUACCAGCAUUGUGGACAUCCAGUUUUUGGCAGCCAUGAUCCAUCCUGGGGGUGGGCGCAAUGACAUACCCCAAAGACUCAAGAGACAGUUCUCUGUAUUUAACUGCACGUUGCCCUCUGAUGCUUCCAUGGACAAGAUCUUUGGUAAAAUGAGCGUCAAUGGGCUCUUUUAUGCCAUAUAUAGCUUCCUAGUGAUUUCCUAUCAUUUCAAAGAAAUUCAGGUUAUAGUGAAGGGGAAGAAAGUGCAGAGGACAAUAGAGAGCUAUGUGGAUAAACGCAUGGGCACAACAUAUGGCCCUCCUGCAGGAAAGAAGAUGACUGUUUUUAUUGAUGAUGUGAAUAUGCCAAUAAUCAAUGAGUGGGGAGAUCAGGUUACUAAUGAGGUAGUAAGACAGCUGAUGGAACAAAAUGGAUUCUACAACCUGGAGAAGCCCGGAGAGUUUACCAGCAUUGUGGACAUCCAGUUUUUGGCAGCCAUGAUCCAUCCUGGGGGUGGGCGCAAUGACAUACCCCAAAGACUCAAGAGACAGUUCUCUGUAUUUAACUGCACGUUGCCCUCUGAUGCUUCCAUGGACAAGAUCUUUGGUAAAAUGAGCGUCAAUGGGGAGUUUGGUGAAGAGAAGAAACUCUUGGUGGACUGUGGAAUUGACACUUAUUUUGUGGAUUUCUUGAGAGAUGCACCUGAAGCUACAGGUGAAACAUCUGAGGAGGGUGAUGCUGAAAUGCCCAAAAUUUAUGAGCCAAUUGAAUCUUUCAGUCAGCUAAAAGAGCGUCUGAAUAUGUUCCUGCAGCUGUAUAAUGAGAGCAUCCGCGGCGCUGGCAUGGACAUGGUGUUCUUUGCAGAUGCGAUGGUUCACUUAGUCAAGAUCUCUCGAGUCAUUCGUACUCCUCGGGGAAAUGCCCUCCUGGUUGGGGUGGGCGGAUCGGGAAAGCAGAGCCUGACAAGGUUGGCUUCAUUCAUUGCUGGCUAUACUUUCUUCCAGAUCACGCUGACAAGAUCCUACAACACAUCAAAUCUGAUGGAAGAUCUAAAGGUUUUGUAUAGAACGGCUGGUCAACAAGGCAAAGGAAUCACAUUUAUUUUCACAGACAAUGAGAUUAAAGAUGAGUCAUUUUUGGAAUAUAUGAACAAUGUUUUAUCGUCGGGUGAGGUCUCCAACCUAUUUGCUAGAGAUGAAAUUGAUGAAAUUAACGGUGAUCUGACAUCAGUCAUGAAAAAAGAAUACCCCAGGCGCCCUGCUACCAAUGAGAACCUGUAUGACUACUUCAUGAGUCGGGUCCAACAGAAUCUUCAUAUCGUGCUCUGUUUUUCACCAGUGGGGGAGAAAUUUCGAAACCGAGCUUUGAAGUUCCCAGCCCUUAUCUCAGGAUGCACUAUUGACUGGUUCAGCCGAUGGCCUAAGGAUGCUUUAGUUGCUGUGUCGGAACACUUCCUCUCUUCCUAUGAUAUCGACUGCAGUUUGCAGACUAAGAAGGAGGUAGUCCAAUGCAUGGGCUCCUUCCAGGAUGGGGUGGCCGAGAAGUGUGUUGAUUAUUUUCAGAGAUUCCGACGUUCUACCCAUGUGACACCCAAAUCAUACCUCUCCUUUAUUCAGGGGUAUAAGUUCACAUAUAGAGAAAAACAUGUGGAAGUGCAGACCCUGGCCAACAGAAUGAAUACUGGUUUGGAGAAGCUAAAAGAAGCUUCAGAGUCUGUUGCAGCCCUGAGCAAGGAACUAGAAGUAAAAGAAAAGGAGCUACAACAAUUCCCAAAAGAUACAAUCAAUGAAGAGGUGAUAGAAUUCUUGAAUCCUUACUUUGAAAUGGCAGACUAUAACAUUGAAACUGCUAAACGCGUAUGUGGAAAUGUAGCUGGUCUUUGUUCGUGGACGAAAGCCAUGGCCUCCUUCUUCUCCAUAAACAAAGAGGUGCUGCCCCUGAAGGCCAACUUGGUGGUGCAGGAGAGUCGCCACGUCCUGGCUAUGCAGGACCUGCAGAAGGCUCAGGCCGAGCUGGACGACAAGCAGGCGGAACUCGACGUGGUGCAGGCUGAGUAUGAACAGGCCAUGACUGAAAAGCAGACCUUGCUUGAAGAUGCAGAGCGGUGCAGACAUAAGAUGCAGACGGCUUCCACGCUGAUCAGCGGCUUGGCAGGCGAGAAAGAGAGAUGGACGGAGCAAAGCAGAGAGUUUGCUGCACAGACUAAAAGACUUGUUGGGGAUGUAUUGCUGGCUACGGCUUUUCUAUCUUAUUCUGGUCCAUUUAACCAAGAGUUUCGAGAUCUGUUGUUAAAUGACUGGCAGAAGGAAAUGAAAGCCCGGAAAAUUCCAUUUGGAAACAAUCUAAAUCUCAAUGAGAUGUUGAUUGAUGCUCCUACUAUUAGUGAAUGGAACCUCCAAGGUCUGCCAAAUGAUGACCUGUCCAUUCAGAAUGGAAUUAUUGUCACGAAGGCAUCUCGCUAUCCUUUGUUAAUCGAUCCACAGACUCAAGGCAAGAUCUGGAUUAAAAAUAAAGAAAACCAAAAUGAACUCCAGAUCACAUCUCUAAAUCACAAGUACUUUAGAAAUCACCUGGAGGACAGCCUUUCUCUUGGAAGGCCCUUGCUUAUUGAAGACAUUGGGGAGGAACUAGAUCCAGCUCUGGAUAAUGUUUUGGAAAGAAACUUCAUUAAAACUGGAUCUACUUUUAAGGUGAAAGUGGGUGACAAGGAAGUAGAUGUUAUGGAUGGUUUCAAACUCUACAUUACCACCAAACUGCCCAAUCCAGCCUACACCCCUGAAAUAAGUGCCCGUACCUCCAUCAUCGACUUCACUGUCACCAUGAAAGGUCUAGAAGACCAGUUACUGGGAAGAGUCAUUCUCACAGAGAAGCAGGAGCUGGAGAAAGAAAGAACUCAUCUGAUGGAAGAUGUAACUGCAAACCAGAGAAGGAUGAAGGAACUGGAAGAUAAUUUGCUUUACCGCCUGACAAGUACGCAGGGGUCCCUGGUGGAAGACGAGAGCCUCAUUGUUGUCCUGAGUAACACAAAAAGGACAGCCGAGGAGGUGACACAGAAACUGGAAAUUUCUGCUGAUACAGAAAUUCAAAUUAACUCAGCCCGGGAGGAAUACAGACCUGUCGCUACACGGGGCAGCAUCCUCUACUUCCUCAUUACCGAGAUGCGCCUGGUUAAUGAUAUGUAUCAGACUUCGCUCCGCCAGUUUCUGGGCUUGUUUGACCUUUCCUUAGCCAGGUCUGUCAAGAGCCCAAUUACAAGCAAGAGGAUUGCUAAUAUCAUCGAGCAUAUGACCUACGAGGUUUAUAAGUAUGCUGUCCGAGGGUUGUACGAGGAGCACAAAUUCCUCUUCACCUUGCUGCUUACCCUAAAAAUCGACAUCCAGAGGAACCGAGUCAAGCAUGAAGAGUUUCUCACUCUUAUUAAAGGUGGUGCCUCAUUGGACCUUAAAGCCUGUCCUCCUAAACCAUUUAAAUGGAUCUUGGACAUGACUUGGCUGAAUUUGGUGGAACUAAGCAAACUUAGGCAGUUUUCAGAUGUCCUCGAUCAGAUAUCAAGAAAUGAGAAAAUGUGGAAAAUUUGGUUUGAUAAGGAAAACCCUGAGGAGGAACCGCUUCCGAAUUCCUAUGAUAAAUCUCUUGACUGCUUCAGACGUCUUCUCCUUAUUAGGUCCUGGUGUCCUGACAGAACCAUUGCCCAGGCCCGCAAGUAUGUCACGGACUCUAUGGGAGAAAAAUAUGCAGAAGGAUUUAUCCUGGACUUGGAGAAGACGUGGGAGGAAUCUGAUCCACGGACACCACUCAUCUGUCUCCUGUCUAUGGGCUCAGACCCCACGGAUUCCAUCAUCGCCUUGGGGAAGAGAUUAAAAAUAGAAACCCGUUAUGUGUCCAUGGGCCAGGGCCAGGAGGUCCAUGCUCGGAAGCUCUUGCAGCAGACCAUGGCAAAUGGAGGGUGGGCACUUCUGCAGAACUGCCAUCUGGGACUUGAUUUCAUGGAUGAGCUGAUGGACACAAUUACAGAAACUGAGAUGGUACAUGAUGCAUUCCGCCUUUGGGUGACCACCGAGGUCCAUAGGCAGUUCCCCAUUACACUCCUUCAGAUGUCCAUUAAAUUUGCCAAUGAGCCUCCACAGGGCCUCCGGGCAGGACUGAAAAGAACAUAUGGCGGUGUGAGCCAAGACCUGCUGGAAGUGAGCUCUGGGGCCCAGUGGAAGCCCUUGCUGUACGCCGUGGCUUUCCUACACUCAACUGUCCAGGAGAGGCGCAAGUUUGGCCCCCUGGGGUGGAAUAUCCCCUAUGAAUUUAAUCAGGCGGACUUUAACGCCACUGUGCAGUUCAUCCAAAACCACCUGGAUGACAUGGAUAUCAAAAAGGGUAUCUCCUGGACCACCGUCCGCUACAUGAUAGGAGAGAUUCAGUAUGGAGGUAGGGUCACCGAUGACUACGAUAAGAGACUGCUGAACACAUUUGCUAAGGUUUGGUUCAGCGAAAGCAUGUUUGGACCAGAUUUCAGUUUUUACCAAGGAUACAAUAUUCCCAAAUGCAGCACAGUGGAUAACUAUCUUCAAUAUAUCCAGAGCUUGCCUGCCUACGACAGCCCCGAGGUAUUUGGGCUGCACCCCAAUGCCGACAUCACUUACCAGAGCAAGCUGGCCAAAGACGUGCUGGACGCCAUCCUUGGCAUCCAGCCCAAGGACAGCUCUGGUGCCGGGGAUGAGACCCGGGAGGCUGUGGUGGCACGGCUGGCUGACGACAUGCUGGAGAAGCUGCCCCCGGACUACGGCCCCUUUGAAGUAAAAGAGAGGCUGCAGAAGAUGGGGCCAUUCCAGCCAAUGAACAUUUUCCUCAGGCAGGAAAUAGACAGAAUGCAAAGGGUACUCAGCCUUGUCCGAAGUACCCUGACUGAGCUAAAACUUGCUAUUGACGGCACCAUUAUCAUGAACGAAAAUUUACGAGAUGCAUUGGAUUGCAUGUUUGAUGCCAGAAUCCCUGCUUCGUGGAAAAAAGCUUCUUGGGUUUCAAGUACGCUGGGCUUCUGGUUCACUGAACUUAUAGAAAGAAACAGCCAAUUUACCUCGUGGGUUUUCAAUGGCCGACCCCACUGCUUUCGGAUGACAGGCUUUUUUAACCCCCAGGGAUUUUUAACUGCAAUGCGACAGGAAAUAACUCGGGCCAAUAAAGGCUGGGCUCUGGACAACAUGGUGCUUUGCAACGAAGUCACCAAAUGGAUGAAGGAUGACAUUUCUGCCCCUCCCACAGAGGGUGUCUAUGUCUAUGGGUUGUAUCUUGAAGGUGCUGGCUGGGACAAGAGGAACAUGAAACUCAUUGAAUCAAAACCCAAAGUGCUCUUUGAGCUGAUGCCUGUCAUAAGGAUUUAUGCAGAAAACAACACCUUAAGAGAUCCUCGGUUUUACUCCUGCCCCAUCUACAAGAAACCAGUUCGAACGGACUUAAAUUACAUUGCUGCUGUGGACCUCAGGACGGCUCAGGCCCCUGAACACUGGGUGCUCCGUGGGGUUGCCCUUCUCUGUGAUGUCAAGUAA